UGUCAGUUUGUCAAGUGUCAUGGUUCUGUCAAUAACAUCAAAAUUGAGAUUCUAUUUUGUAAAUAAUUUAAAAAUAAUUGAACUAUAAAAGUAUAAAGUAAUUAAAAAUAGCAUCUCAAACAAGAUGCUGAAAUUCAGCGGUUCAUUUAUUUUGAGGUUAAGUACCCGUGCAUCUGUAAGGAAUUACUCAAGUCCAGGGACUGUGGUUUUUAAGAAAUCAUUGGACGGUGCCGGAGGUUUGUCUGAUAAGCAGACUCAGUCACUUCCCGAAGAUAACAGAGGCUUAGUUGCUGCAGCAUUUGCUUCCCUCAACAAACCAGAGACGGAGGACACGCGGAAGCCAAGCCCAAAAUCAGUGAAACAGAGUAAGACCCAACAACUGGACACACAGAUAAUCAAAGCGACAGAUGUGGAAAGCUUGCUUGUGGUUGCUGAAAAUUCUGUUAUAUCCAGAAGACAUGCACUGAAGAUGGUAUCAGUUCUCUCAGAAUGGUCUAGCAACAACAAAGUGAAACUCGGAGACUUUGAGAAAGACCCACGGUUCCUCAAGCUAUGUCGCAUACUAGCGCGAACGCCUACGAGUCAUGCCAUGAGCUCACUGACCAUGGCGGAGGAUCUUAGUACAGUGUUGGGCAUCACAGGUGAUGAUGAAGCUGCCAGACUGAUUGGGAACUUGUCUCUGUCACAGAUGAUAAAGGUAAUGAAGGCGCUCCAACAGAAAGGCCGCAGAAGCACGCCCUUGCUCCGAGCUCUCUCUAACAACAUCAUCAAGCACACAGAGGUCAUUGACCUGAAGAAGUCAGCUGAUCUCCUUUUCUCUAUGGUCUCACUCAACUUUCCCGAUCCAGUGCUUUUGGAUAGGAUAUGCAAUGACAUAAUAGAAAGCCUUCCAUCAAAUGAGGAUCGGCCAGCAGCUGUCAACUCCAUCGUCAUCUCUCUCGGACUACUAAAGUACAGGCACGAGGCAGCGCUUUCGGCGUUAUGCACGUGGAUACAAACACACAGAAGCAUAUGCAGCGCUCAGUGUGUGGCCGCCGCGGUCGUCACAUUGGCUACCGUGGACUUCGUACCGCCGCAGACUGAACAACUAUUUCAGGCCGCGUUAUCAAUAAACGAAGAAGAAAUGACCCGAGCUUCCAGCUGGCUGGACUUGGUCUUCUCAUUGCUGACCCUGAAUAGAGCGAGACAGCAACACCUCACGUCCACACUGCGGCCAGAGUUUAUUGACAAAUUAUUGUGUGCUGGAGUUGGGAUUCUUUCAGAAAUUCCAAUCCCGUCUCGUCGCAAACUGAUGACGAUCGACGCAUACGUGGGCCACACAGUGCCGGCGCACACGCCGCGACUGCCCGAAGAUAUCUCGGUGGGCGUGCCGCUGGUGCCUACAAAGGAAAAGGCGCUCUAUGUCCAGAGCAUUAUGGACACGUUCAAAAGUUUAGUAUCGGCGGAGUCGUUUUUGAAAAAGGAUUGCAACUCCGGCAUGGGAUUCUUGUAUGACGCCGAAUUCGCUGUGGACGCGAAAUGCCAUCCAGUACCGUUAGAAAAAGCUGCAAAUGACAAAAGUGUAUUCAGGAUAGCGGUGCUGGGUCUGGACUACCACGACAUGACGCGGAGAGUCGCCGUGCCCCUCGGCGUCCACCAGCUCUACUCCAGGAUGCUAGAACUUAAGGGUUUCAAAGUGCUACAAAUCCCGUAUUCAGAAUACAACCCUAAGGACAAACUAGUCGCCCGAGUGCAGUACAUAGAGAAGAAACUGAAGGCCAUAGUCAAAGCGUAGCGUGCGGGACCAUAGACAAUGUGUAAAAACUGUACAAAUUUAUUUUUUAAUCUAGCUUGCUGUUUGUGAGCGGUAGGUAUCUAAACUAAUAUUGUAAUGAGAAAAUAUUUGAAGAUAAACUGUUAAAGUUUGAUUUAAUUAGAAAUCUUUUCCCAAAACACGUAGUUCCUAAAGGAAAGGAACUCGGACGAAGCUGCAGAAUAAAGUAAUAUUUUUCAACACACUAGGUCGGUACAUUAUGUUACUAGAUUGACAUUUACGUCACAUUUAUCUACUUCAAGCUUUAUUAUCGCGCUCCAACAUCCCCCUCUAAUGUAAUAUCCAGAAUUGACACGUUUGUAUCUCAAUAUACUUAUAUGUUCAAAAACUCACAAAGUAUGUAUUACACAUAUCGACCACUGGUUAGAACCUAUUAAAUAUUUUCUUUAAAAACGUUUUUUGCAAAGAAAAUAGCUAAAUUAUUAUUUUUUAUUUAGAUCAAUUUUGUUAUUAAAAAUAUAUUAGGAAAACCAAUCCGAGAACAGUCUUUACGAAAUUAAAUAAACAAAAUAAAGAUGAACCAAACCUCCUGUUGGUAAAACAAAUGAGAUUAUGACUUUAGAGAAAAGACAAUCAGACAUAUGACCAAAAUAUGUUCGCUCAUAAGACAAUUUAUUCAAGUUAUACUGGUGUUUUAUAAAUGGACAAUGCAAUGGCUCACACUAACCACUGACGUUGUACCGUGGGUCCAGUGAAACGGGCAUAACGCAAAACACACCCCUGUGUUUUGCGUUAUGCCCGUUACGCCCGUACAACAACACCCAGAACCGCAGACAAUUAUUAUAUGGUACAAGUACAAAUAUCUUCCCGCGCUUGAAAUCGAAUCCAGGACGUCCAGAGUGGACGGGCACCACUACGCCACCUAGGUCAACAAUAUUUUUUUAUUUCUACUCGGAAACUAAUAAAGCCCGUGCCAUGCAAAAAGACCACGCAGCGCUAGUCGCUGACAUGAUAGUUCCACAUUUUGGCGCCCGAGGGACUACUUCGCGACCGCUUAUUAAAAAUUGAAAUAUUUAAAUGAUGAAAUCGUACAGAUUUUUUUUUAAUUCGUACAGAGCAUUUGCAAAAAACUUGAGUCCUACAUACAAAUUGGCUGUGGAGUGGAGACCAAUCAGUGACUUGAGUUAUACUUUGUGCUCCGUCUGUCAACUCUAAAUAUGUAUUUUAUCACGUCUUUCUGUCUAUACCUUCCGGGGUAGACAGUGCCAAGUGAAACUCGCAGGCCUCGUUUAGCUGUAUGAACUCUAAAUAUACUUGUUUCUAAUCGAUUAGCUAAUUUUGUAACCAAACCGUAUGUAUUAUAAAAUUAACUUUAUACAUUCGCAAAAUUCGACAUUAUAGUAUUGUCAAUGAGUAUUUUCUUUCAAAUCUUCAGAACAAUGUUUUAAAAUGGGCGACAAAGUGAAUAUGUGUACAUGAGGGUAUGUUUAUGUAUAGUUGUUAAUAUUAUUUAAAUAAAACGCGUUAAAAAC